AAACAAAAAACCCAAAAAGGAAUCGACUCUCUCACAUAUCCACACACACACACACACACACUCAGACAGACAGACACACAGCACAUAGCCGCCGAAGAAGAAGAAGAAGAAAAAAGGAGAAAAUAUUUUUGGUUGAGUUUUUUCCAGGUGAAAAAAGGUAGCCUGUGGAAACGGAUUCUUCCUCGGUGUGGUGCUGCUGCUGCUGCUGGCUCUCGCCACCAACUCGUCGAGCUCGUCAGUCGCAUACCUGCUGCAGUAGGCUACAGUACACGCACGUGUGUGUUGCACGAGUCCCGCAAAAAAUAAAGAAAAAAGCCCGAACGUUGAAGAAGAAAACACACAACAGACUGUCGUGACUUGACUCAAUUCGCUAUGGAUUAAAACCAAAAAAUUGCAAAAAAAGGCCGACUCGUUUCUGGUCCAAAUUUUUUGAUUUGUUCGACCAGUGCGCAGCAGCAGCAGCAGCAUCAGCACCUGCAGCAGGCUCGCCACCCAACUGCACAGAAUGAUGCAGGUGACAGUGAAGUGUUUCUCGCAUUGACUAGCCCUUUUUUGGUGCCUUCGAACCAGAGCUAGCCAAAUUUUAAAAGAAAAAAAAACAAGUUGACAUCGAAAUCAUCGAUUUGAUUUGAUCUAUUCGGGCCUGCCGGGACGCUCAUUUUCAUUCACACGGGCGUAUUUUGUGAGUGCAUCGAUUCAAUUGACAGCAGACGUCGACGGAGGGUUAGUAGUUUUGAUAUCGGAAGAUGUCGCUUGGCAGUCGGUUCACCUUGGUCGUGACCUGUUUGACCUUGGUACUACCUGGCCCAUGCCGAGCCCAGCAGAAUGAUUGUUUCACGUCCAGCAGCAUAGUCGGCGCCGUGCUGGGCACCUUCUUCGCCACCGCCGUGGCACUAGCCCUGCUCGUCUUUUUCAUCUGGUGGAUCUAUUAUCGCCGCACGCCCAAUGGUGCAGACCGGCAGACUAAAGGGCCGCGUAUCGUGGAAAGCGGUUCGGGGUUUGACAAUCCCUGCUUCGAGGCCAAUCCUAAUUCAGAUGUUGUUGACGGCGGCAAGGCGGACGACUAUGGGCAGAAGGAUGCGAGGAGUACGUCAUGGACGCCGUUGCGGUUCUUCGGCGCCAACAAAAACGAAAAGAAAAGAUCCAUGGACGAUUCGUUUAUUUCGGAACCUGAACGCGUAUCAGUGCAGCUGCGAGGACGCGAUUUCACGGGCUUGGGACUUAACGUGACUGGCAACAUGAGAGACGGAAUAUUCAUCAAAGAUAUUUCCAAUCGCGGACCAGCCUUUGAGUCGGGCAAAAUCGCUCCAGGCGAUAGGAUCCUCAAUGUGACAAUAUCCUUCCGCAACGUCGUCUUCGAAGAUGCCAUGACCAUUUUGAGCUAUGCGUCGCCAUAUGACGUCACCCUGGAGCUGGAAAAAGGUUUGCGCAACAACAGCAGCACGCUGAAGAAACGCAAAGCCUCCAGCACCGUGUCUCUGGCGUCGUCUUCGGCCAACGUGACACUCUUAGCUGGAACGGGAUCCGCUCAGCCGGAAGGACCACCCAAUGAGCGCUUGGUUCAUCCUUUAUAUCGCUCGCAGUCGAUUGAUGACCUAUCCAAGGUUGGUCGAGCGGAUAACACUAUUCGGGCGGAAGUGCGAAUUCCCAGCUUAACGGGCCAGCUAAGUGGCGGUCUGGCCAAAUCAAAAUUACUCGGAAAAGCGAACCUUGAAAUCGAUGCGCCGAAUGUUCCCGACGUCAAAAUCAAAGGUGGAAUUCCGAAACCUGGUUCCGUCAACAUUAGCUUGGACCCUGGAGAUAUCAACGUCGCUCCGCCGGAUGCCUCUUUGACAGUCGACCCCAGUCGGUCCUCGAAAAUGUCGAAAUUCGGAAUCAAAGUCUUGCCAGACUUUAAAUUCAAAGGGAGCGCCAAAAGCCCUGAUUUGGGCAUGACGCCACUUCCUACCGGACUUGAUGUACGAGAAGCUGAGCUUAGUAUUCCUAAAGUAGAGAUACACACACCCAAGGCUUCCGAUCUUGCUGUAGACAUCGACAUGCCGGACGGCUCAAAAAUCAAAUCACCGAAAGGCAGCAUCUCCAUGGCGAUUGACAUGCCGGACCAAGAAUUUUCAGCUGCCGUGCCAGCCAUGAACGUGCCCAGCGACGUCAAACUCAACAUCGAAGCUCCUUCGCUCAAUGUUUCCGCACCAUCCGGCGUAGCCGAAGUGAAUCUCAAGGGUCCCGCAAUCAGCCAGCCCAAAAUGGACAUCAACCUCCCAACUUCAGCUAAUCUGGGCCUCGAUUUCACAUCACCGAGAUUGCCAGAUGUUGAAGUCGAUCAAGAGAUUCCGAACGAUGUAUCCAUCGAUUUAAACAAAGCUGCGAAAUCCGGCUUUCAUAUCAAGUUCCCGAAAUUUGGCGGAAACAAAUCCGCCAAGGCAGAAAUACCUGAAACGGGUGUUGAAAUCACGGCGCCAGAAAUUGAUGUGUCCUUGCCUGAAGCCUCCCUCGAAAUUGACCCGAAGCUGAAAAAAGAUGGGUCCAAAGCAGGAUUCGAAUUCAAAAUGCCGAAGCUAAGCUUAAAGAAGAAACCCGAACUAGGCGUGGAAGUUAAAACGCCGUCCUCUGUGCAAGCACAGAUCCCAGAGAUCGAUGUUGACGUGAAGAUGCCUGGAGCUUCUGUUGACAUUCAACCGCCAUCAGUGUCCGUCUCCGCACCAGAAGUGGAAUUACCUUCCGCAUCCGUUGACGUUAAAAAACCCAAAAUCGGCUUUUCCAUGCCGAAAUUCAAUAUGGGAAAGGACAAUGUCGAACUCAAAGAUUCUCUGGAUGUGAAUGUCGGUAUUCCGAGUGCUCAUAUUGAUGUAUCUCGCCAAUCAGAUGAUAGUGAUAGCGACGAUGACUCUGAAGGAGGGAAGAAAAAACUUAAAUUCGGGAAAGUGCCUAAAAUCAGCCUAAACAAACCUCACAUUGAAGUAGAAGCUUCUGUUCCCGAUGCCUCAGCAAAAAUUGAGCUUCCCGAUGCCCAAGUCGAUGUUGGAGACUUUGAUAAAAUGGAUGUCAAGACGAAGAACAAAUUUGGAUUUAAAAUCCCGAAAUUUGGCGCCGGUGCAAAUAUUUCUGGCGGAGACUUGGAUUUGGACGCUUCCCGUGAACUUGAAGUGAAAUUACCCAGCGCAGAAGUAAAAAUUGAGACCAGUGAUUCUUCCGACGACGACGAAGACGAAAACGGUGAAAAGAAGAAGAAACGCUUCAACAUUAAGAUGCCGAAAUUUGGAUUACCCAAAGCUGAGGUGGACGUGAACGCGCCCAACAUCGCCAUGCCGUCGAUUUCCGCUGAUGUGCCCAACAUCACACCAAUAGGAGGAAGCCUUGAAAUUGGAGUUCCAAAUCUAUCAGGAGAUGUUUUGAGGAUGCAGUCUGACAGUGAAGACAGUGAUAGUAAAGACGAAGGAAAGAAAAAGAGGAAAUCUUUGAAGAUUAAUGCUCCCGAGCUUCAAUUAGGUGGUGGCAUUAAUUCACCAAGUCUAGCACUCUCCCCUAUUGCCAUUGGCGAUGUGAACACUUCUGGUGGUGCCGAUGUCUCUUUCGACGUCAAAGCUCCGUCACUAAGUUUUUCGACUCCAGUCAGUUCUUCUGAAUUCAAAGUCAAAGGACCAAGAAUUGACCAGCCCAAUAUCGACGUUAGUCUCCCAACAGGAGCUAAUCUGGACGUCAGUUUGAAAGCACCAAGCUUGCCCGAUGUUCCAGUUGUUCCAGAUAUGUCUAAUCCCGAGGUUUCUGUUGACUUGAACAAAGCUUCGAAAUCUGGAUUCCAUAUCAAAUUCCCGAAAUUUGGAGGAAGCAAAACUGUCAAAGCCGAUGUUCCUGACGCGGGAGUUAAAAUAGUCGCGCCAGAAAUUGAUGUAUCCUUGCCCGAAGCCUCCCUUGAAGUUGACCCAAAGCUGAAAAAAGAUGGGUCCAAAGCAGGAUUCGAAUUCAAAAUGCCGAAACUAAGCUUAAAGAAGAAACCAGAACUAGCCGUGGAAGUCAAAGCGCCGUCUUCUGUACAAGCACAGAUCCCAGAGAUCGAUGUUGACGUGAAGAUGCCUGGAGCUUCUGUUGACAUUCAACCACCAUCACUGUCCGUCUCCGCACCAGAAGUGGAAUUACCUUCCGCAUCCGUUGACGUGAAAAAACCCAAAAUUGGCUUUUCCAUGCCGAAAUUCAAUAUGGGCAAAGGACAUGUAGAACUUAAGGACUCUUCCAAUAUCGUCGUCGAUGUUCCAAAUGUUAAGGCCGAUUUACCACAUCUAUCAGCUCUAAGUGACAGCGAAGAAUCAGAAGGAGGAAAGAAAAAAUAUAAAUUCGGGAAAAUGCCUAAAAUGAGCAUGAACAAACCUCACAUUGAAGUAGAAGCUUCUGUUCCUGAUACCUCUGUAGCAGUUCCAGAUAUUGAUGUUGGAGACUUGGAUGUCAAGACGAAGAACAAAUUUGGAUUUAAAAUCCCGAAAUUUGGCGCCGGUGCAAAUAUUUCUGGCGGAGACCUGGAUUUGGAUGCUUCCCGUGAACUUGAAGUGAAAUUACCCAGCGCAGAAGUAAAAAUUGAGACCAGUGAUUCUUCCGACGAAGAUGAAGACGAAAACGGUGAAAAGAAAAAGAAACGCUUCAACAUUAAGAUGCCGAAAUUUGGAUUACCCAAAGCUGAGUUGGACGUGAACUCGCCUAACGUCGGUGUAUCUGGAAUUACCGCAGAUGUGCCUAAUAUUAAACCAAUUGAAGGAAGCCUUGAAAUUGAAGCACCUAAAUUCGAUGCAACUUUCCCAAAGAUGGACCUCGGUUAUUCUGAUGACGAAAGUAAAAAAAGUAAAAACACCAUGGGCCUUGCCAUUGGAGGAGCAGUACCCGAUAUUGAUGCUAAUGUAACAAUGAAUACGGGGAAUAUGGAUUUCAGCCUUGCAGACAAGAAGAAGAAAGGGGGAUCUGAGUUUGGAAUCAAAUUUCCAAAAAUGAAGACAAAUUUGAAAGGAAAUAAAGGCGACCAUUCCGAAUCGGACACCAGCAGCGAUGAAGAUGCCGAAGGAGACAAGGCGUUUGGUGGCAAAAUUUCAAUCCCGUCAAUUGAUCUCUCCAGACCCAAAGCUGACUACCAAGGAAGCAUUCAGCUUCCGAAUGCCGAAUUCGACGUAAAACAGCCCAAACUUGAUCUCGAAACUGAGAUCGGUGAUGACGAAAACGACGACGACGAUACCAAAAAGAAGUCGAGUAAAUUCGGAUUCUCCAUCAAGAUGCCCAAAUUUAACAUGAAAAAGAAAACUCUUAACGCUGACAUUGAAGACAAAGACCUUUCAGCGCAUUUGAACCUUGAUUCUAUUUCCGGUGGCACUGACGACGACCGAAGCAGCGAAGACAAGAAGAAAGGGAAAGUGUCUGUCAAAUUACCAAAAUUUAGCAUGAAGAAACCCGACUUCGACGCUGACUUGAGUGUGGAUAAGAACAUCGACCUCAGAGCAGAUGUGAAGGCGCCACAAGUAAAUUUGCCGGAAGUAUCUAUCCACGGAGAUAAGGAAAUGCCCGGUUUUUCAUUACCCGAAGUUUCUAUCGAAAAACCUAAACUUGACUUGACUUUGGAUUCAAAUAUCGACGUUGACGGAUCAAAGAAAUUCAGCAUCGACUCGGGAAAAGUGAAUUUCGGCCAACUACCAGCUGGUAUUACAGUCGGAGGACAGGUGCAACCUCCCCGCGUUCCAGACGCUAGUUUGAACAUUGCUACCGGUACCAGUCUGCAAGCUGACGUUGGGUUCCCGGGAGUUGAACUGGAAGUAGAUCAUGAUGAUUUUGAUGACGAGAAAAAGAAGUCGAAAUUUUUCAAGAUGCCUAAAUUUCAUAUGGGCAAACACCAUGGCGAAGUCAAAGUUGAUCAUGGGGCUAAGGUGAAUUUGCCAGAUGCCGAGCUCAAUUUACCAACUGGAAAAGUGGAACUUGACCAUAACAUUAGUCUCGAUGUUUCCAGCAAAGACGAAGGAGACAGCGACGACGACAAAAAGGACAGCGGCAAAAAGAAAUCACGCUUUGGAAUUAAAAUGCCUAAAUUCCAAAUGAAGCACUCUCAUCCCUCUGGCAUGAAUGUGGACAUUAAACCCGAAGAUGUUGCUUUGGGGGUGAAAAUUCCUACGUUAGAAGCCAAUGUUGAAUCGCUCACUCUGGAACAAGACUCCAUCAGUUCGGAUAACACGUCAAUUGAUAUGGAUCUUCCUAAACUUCCUGACCUUAAUCCGAUUGAAGUAGACUUGACCGUUCCUAAUGUGAAAGUCGAAGUUCCAGAAAAAGACUGCAAGAAGAAAGGAAAGUUUAGUUUUAAAUCAAACUUUAAAAUGCCCAAACUUCACAUGAGUUCUCACGGUAAAGGUCACGCCGAAUUGGAAGUCCCGUCAACCGAAAUUACUUUACCUAAAGUGGAAAUCGACUCGGCUGCAGAAAUCCGCAAAAGCGACAUUGAUUGUGGUGACAUUGAAACGGAAGCGCUGGAUGUCAAAUUCGGCGUAAGUUUGCCCAAAAUCGACAAGCCCUCGACUGAUUUCGAUAUCAAAUUCGAUUCCAAAAUGUCUUACCCAAACCUAAGUCUGGAUGUUAAAGGAGACGUCAAAUCAGAUGAAAGUGACGAUGAAAAAAAUAAGGGAGAGAAAAAGAAAUCUGUCGGAUUGGGCUUUAAAAUGCCAAAGCUCAGUGCCAGUCCCAAAACUGAGUUCAAUCUGCCUGACGUCAAAGCCGAAGUAAACGUGAAAGCACCAAAGACAGAAGCAUUGAAAUUGGAGGGCAAUUUUGAUUUAGAUGAAGGCGACCAAUACAAGAAAUCUCCUUUUAUUGUCAAAAUGCCUGCCCUCAACCCAGUGAAGCCGGAAAUGCAGUUAAACGUAUCCGCACCCAAAGAUGAUUCACACAGCGACGACAGCGAUUCGGAAGAAGAGAAAACCAAGAAGGGAUUUAAACUGGGAUUUAAACUUCCCCAAUUAUCCAUGCCACAGUUGAGCAUGGGUGGGAAAAGUGAAGGUCUCCAUGCCGACUCCACCUUGAAUGUUAAAAAACCAGAACUGGACGCGCCUUCCAUUGAUACUAAUGUUUCUCUUCCCGAAGUAAACAUUUCAACGAAGCAAAAGGGUCGUUUUGAAACUGACUUCAACAUGCCAUCCUUUUCCGCUGACAAAAAGACAAGCGACGACAGUAGCGAUUCCGAAGACGAGAAAUCAAAAUCGAAAGGAUUGAAACUUGGAUUCAAAAUGCCAAAGUUAUCCAUGGGAGGGAAAGGCAAUGUUGAUCUUGAUGCGGAUGCUGCCAUCAUGGUGAAACAACCCGGAUUAGAUGUAUCCUCAGUUGACGCUGAAAUUUCACUUCCCGAAGUAGAUGUGAAAAAGAAGGGAAGUUUUGGAUCCCAUUUCAAAAUGCCAACUUUUUCCACCAAAGCUGACGUAAGUGCAAGCGCCGAGCAGGUUGACAAAAGCGGCGACAGUAGCGAUUCAGAUGACGAGAAAUCAAAGAAAGGAUUGAAUCUUGGCUUCAAAAUGCCAAAAUUAUCCAUGGGAGGAAAAGGCGACGUCGAUCUAGAUGCAGAUGCUUCCAUCAAGAUGAAAAAACCUGAAUUAGAUGUACCCUCAAUUGAUGCUGAUGUCUCUUUUCCAGAGGUAGAUGUUACAACAAAAAAGAAGGGAAGCUUUGGAUCCCAUUUCAAAAUGCCAACUUUUUCAACCAAAGCUGAAAUCAGUGCAGCUGGUGGUGAGCAGAUCGACACAAGCGACGAUGACAGCGAUUCAGAUGAUGAAAAAUCAAAAAAGGGACUGAAACUUGGCUUUAAAAUGCCAAAAUUAUCCAUGGGAGGUAAAGGUGAUGCCAAUCUCGACGCGGAUGCUGCCAUCAAGGUGAAACAACCCGAAAUAAACGUUCCCUCAGUUGAUGCUGAAGUUUCACUUCCUGAAGUAGACAUCACGACAAAAAAGAAGGGAAGUUUUGGAUCCCAUUUCAAAAUGCCAACCUUUUCCACCAAAGCAAAUGUGACUGGCGCCGAACAAAAUGACACGAGCGACGAUGAUAGCGAUUCAGGGGACGAGAAAUCAAAAAAGGGGCUGAAACUUGGCCUUAAAAUGCCAAAAUUAUCCAUGGGAGGAAAAAGUGACGUCGAUUUGGAUGCGGAUGCUGCCAUCAAGAUGAAACAACCCGAAUUAGAUUUACCCUCAGUUGGCGCUGACGUUUCUCUUCCCGAAGUAGACAUCACAACGAAAAAGAAGGGAAGCUUUGGAUCCCAUUUCAAAAUGCCAACCUUUUCCACCAAAGCAAAUGUAAGUGGCGCCGAACAAGUUGACACGAGCGAAGAUGAUAGCGAUUCAGGAGAUGACAAAUCAAAAAAGGGGCUGAAACUUGGCUUUAAAAUGCCAAAAUUAUCCAUGGGAGGGAAAGGUGAUGCCAAUUUCGACGCAGAUGCUGCCAUCAUGGUGAAACAACCCGAAUUAGAUGUACCAUCAAUUGACGCUGAAAUGUCACUUCCCGAAGUAGAUGUUACAACAAAAAAGAAGGGAAGUUUUGGAUCCCAUUUCAAAAUGCCAACUUUUUCAACCAAAGCUGACAUCAGUGCAGCUGGCGGUGAGCAGAUCGACUCAAGCGACGAUGACAGCGAUUCAGAUGACGAGAAAUCAAAGAAAGGAUUGAAUCUUGGCUUCAAAAUGCCAAAAUUAUCCAUGGGAGGCAAAGGCGACGUCGAUCUGGAUGCAGAUGCUGCCAUCAAGAUGAAACAACCGGAAAUAAACGUACCCUCAGUUGAUGCUGAAGUUUCACUUCCUGAAGUAGACAUCACGACAAAAAAGAAGGGAAACUUUGGGUCCCAUUUCAAAAUGCCAACCUUUUCCAUCAAAGCAAAUGUGAGUGGCGCGGAACAAGUUGACACGAGCGACGAUGACAGCGAUUCAGGGGACGACAAAUCGAAGAAAGGAUUGAAACUUGGAUUCAAAAUGCCGAAGUUAUCCAUGGGAGGAAAAAGUGACGUCGAUCUGGAUGCGGAUGCUGCCAUCAAGAUGAAACAACCCGACUUAGAUGUACCCUCAGUUGACGCUGACAUCUCCCUUCCCGAAGUAGACAUCACGACAAAAAAGAAGGGAAGCUUUGGAUCCCAUUUCAAAAUGCCAACCUUUUCCACUAAAGCCGAUGUAACUGCAGGUAGUGGCGAACAGAUUGACACCAGUGACGAUGAUAGCGAUUCAGAUGAUGAAAAAUCAAAAAAGGGACUGAAACUUGGCUUUAAAAUGCCAAAAUUAUCCAUGGGAGGAAAAGGUGACGUCGAUUUGGAUGCGGACGCUGCCAUCAAGAUGAAACAUCCCGAAAUGAACGUCCCCCCUGUUGACGCUGAAAUGUCACUUCCUGAAGUAGACAUCACGACAAAAAAGAAGGGAAGUUUUGGAUCCCAUUUCAAAAUGCCAACCUUUUCCACCAAAGCAAAUGUGAGUGGCGCCGAACAAGUUGUCACGAGCGACGAUGAUAGCGAUUCCGAAGACGAGAAAGCAAAAAAGGGGCUGAAACUUGGCUUUAAAAUGCCAAAAUUAUCCAUGGGAGGAAAAGGUGACGUCGAUUUGGAUGCGGAUGCUGCCAUUAAAAUCAAACAACCCGACUUAGAUGUACCCUCAGUUGUCGCUGACGUUUCUCUUCCCGAAGUAGACAUCACAACGAAAAAGAAGGGAAGCUUUGGAUCCCAUUUCAAAAUGCCAACCUUUUCCACUAAAGCUGGUGUAUCUGCAGGCGAACAAAUCGACCCAAGUGACGAAGAUAGUGAUUCAGAUGACGAAAAAUCAAAAAAAGGAUUUAAACUUGGACUGAAAAUGCCACAGUUGUCCAUGAGUGGAAAAAAUGACGGCAGUUUAGAUUCAGACUAUACUGUCAAAGUAAAACAACCUGAUCUGGAUAUCCCUUCACUCGAUGCAGAAGUCUCACUUCCCGAAGCAGAACUUUCGACGAAAAAGAAAAGUAGCUUUGGAUCCCAUUUUAAAAUGCCAACCUUUUCCACCAAAGCGAAUGUAAAUACGAUCCAAGUUGAGAAACACGACGACAGUAGCGAUUCAGAGGAUGAGAAAUCAAAGAAAGGAUUGAAAAUUGGUGUCAAAAUGCCUCAGAUAUCUACUGGUGUUAAAGGCGAUGUCAAUUUAGAUUCAGAUUCUACUAUCAAAAUAAAACAGCCUGAAUUGGACGUACCCUCAAUUGAUGCUGUCCUACUUCCUGAAGUUGAUGUUACGACGAAGAAGAAGAGUAGUUUCGGAUCCCAUUUUAAAAUGCCUUCGUUUUCCACCAAAGCCAACGUUAGCGGAGCCGCAAAAAUUGAAACAAGCGACGACAGCAGCGAUUCAGAUGACGAGAAUUCAAAGAAAGGAUUAAAACUAGGAGUCAAAAUGCCUCAGAUAUCUACGGGCGUUAAAGGCGACAUCAAUCUAGAUUCUGAUUCUACCAUCAAAGUAAAGCAACCUGAAUUGGAUUUACCCUCAAUCGAUGCUGGAGUUUCUCUCCCCGAUGCAGAUCUUUCGAUUAAAAAGAAGAGUAGCUUCGGAUCCCAUUUUAAAAUGCCUUCCUUUUCUACGAAAUCCAAUGUAACAGUGAGUGGAGUUGAGGUUCCAGAAGUAAAUAUGGUUUCUCCUCGAUUGCAGACACAAGAAGAGGAACAUGGUUUUUCUGUAACUGGUGAUGAGGAUUCGGAAAAGAAAAGUCAUAAAAUUGGCAUAAAAUUACCUAAAUUUCAAACACGACAGAGAAAUGCUGAAGUAACUUUACCACAGGUGGAACUCAGAACCGAGCAUUCUUCCGAUGAAGAAGACAAUGACAAAGAGUUGAAAGUAAAAGUUAAGAAGCCCAAAUUCGGAAUUAAACUACCAGAAUUCAACAAACCGAAACUAGAUGCAGGAGUUAAUAUCCAAUCUUCAAACCUUACUGGAAAUAUAGGUUCUGAUGUUGAUUUCCCACGAACCAGUAUUGAGAUUAAUCAGCCCGCAGCGAUCAGCUUCGAAGAUACUUCAAACAUUGAUAUUCAAGUUGGAAAUAUUGACGCUGAAGUCGCUAAGGUAAAUGCCCAAAUAGCUCAAGUUCAAGCCGAAAUCGACAUUCAGUCAGGAAAACAAAAGGCAAAAAUUGAAGACGACGAAUCCAGUUCUUCGUCGUCGGAUAGUGAAACUGAAAAAAGAACCAAAACGUCCGGCAUUAAUUUUGGAUUGAAGUUACCGAAGUUCUCGCUAGGCAAAGAAAAGCCCGAAGUGGAGCCUAAAGUUGACGUCAGCAUGCCCACUGUUUCACUGACAACAAAGAAUAAUGGCGACGACAUGACAUCACCAUCUCUUUCCAGUUUGGAAGUGGAACCUGUCAAGUUAGAAGGUGGCCAUGGUAGUGAAAAGGAAAAGAAGAAAUUUAGUCUUGGUUUGAAAAUGCCAAAAUUUCCAUCGAAGGGGAGCGCUGUAGUCGUCGAAGGUGACGUUGGAUCUAGUUCCAAAGAUGUUGACGCUGCAAUUGCACCGAAGCCUCUUAAAGUCAAUGUCAAAGCGCCUAAAAUGAAAUUAAAAAAGAAGAAAGGAGAACAGCAGCAAUCGUCAUCCAGCGAUAGUGACAGCGAUGAAAACAACGACGAAGACGAUCAGCCUAGAAACAAAGAUGCCAGUGGUAACACUCAAUUGAUGGGAGUGGAAGUCAAAUUACCACGGGUUCAAGUGUACAAGAACGUUGAAUACCAAGAUGCCGAAAAGGGUCAUCACGACAGUAGCUCUGAUGAAGAGGAUGAAGUGAAGGAUAUUAAAAAAAACAUCGGUGCUCGGUUCGGUGUCAAACUGAAAAAGCCUAAAAUGUUUUCCAGUAGCAAAAUAGAGAUUACUGGCAAGAACGAUUCGGGUAACAGCAGCAGCCUUCAACCGGAAUGGAAAUUGCCUCGAGUCGAUCUUCGCCGUGCAUCAAAGUCAUCCGACCAAGAGCUUAGUAUUGAAGUUGAUUUGGAUGGAAUAAGUGAACAACAAAAACUUGAGCAACUUUCGCCAUCAGAACGAGCCGAAGCGAUCAGACGUGAUUCGAAAUCAAGUGCUGGAAUUCGCUUACACUCGCCGAGUUACAUAAGUCUAAUGCCAAGUCCACGCUCCAAGAAACCAAACCUAGAAAUGCUGGAUGUUGAUUCCUCACCAAAGCUGCUGUCCGUUACUCGACUAGAUCCUACUCCUCCGAUCGAGAGCUCCGUUAAAAUGCAACAACCAAUGUAUGGCAAUAUUGAACUGACCACCACCAUGACUGGCCCCCAAGUUUCGGCUAGCCAGGUUCCUUCAUCCGUUAUUAUGGCUUCGGAUGCUGUCAAGAUGAAACGUGGCCCACCCACUCCCGCUCGACGCUUCAUAGUUCCAUUUGAACCGAAUUCUGCCGUCUUACGCGUCGCUCCCCCUGUUAUUACAACAGACGUAACAGUGGAAGGCGGAUUUUCAACACUGAUAUCUGAAGAUGUAUCUAGCGAAUUAGAAGCCAACAUUGGUGAUCCAUCCUUCGCUUCCGGCAACAACCAACAAGCUUCUGAUACGGAUAUCUCGAUAACAACGUCAACCGGCUCGGAUACACUGGUCAUUAGUUGCCCUACACCGUCGUCUGGACAACAAGAAGCCCACAAUCGUAAAGCUUCUUCACUCGGCGAUCUGACUCGCAUUCCAACUUCCGGAAGCGAGGAAGGAUCUCUUGAGAGGACCGUCUCACUCGACUUCAAACCGGUUUCAACAUUGGCUGGUAAUUCGUCACGAGCUAUUUACAACUUGGCCGUCCAAGAUCUAAGCCGUGUUGGCGAGGAUAGUGAUGAAGACUACAAUCUUAAUCGGAAACGUACGCUAUCCGAUCACGCAAGCCUGGAAAGUGAGGUAACGGUCGUCACCGCAGACGAAGUUGACGCACAACGACUAUCUUCUGCCAACAUGCCUGGCGGUAAUCGUACAUUUCUCACCAUCAAUACCGACGUCGAAGGUGGCAACGUCACGCAACGGCCAUUAGGUGGCGAUAUUGCUGAGUCCUUGUGGUUUGGCAGCACCAGUAUUCAAACUGUAGAAAGUGUCCAAACAACGAUGUCCUACACUCAAAUGGAAGAAUCUAUUAGCACUGAUGUAACAUUGACGACCACUAGUUUAGGUACUAGCCCUUCUGAAACCAGUUCUAGUUCAGAAGGAAGUCCGUUUUCUCCGGCCAGUCCAGAGCCUAGUGGCGAGAGCACUCCAAAUUUAAUCGAACACUCAUCUCAAAUUGAGAACGGUAGAACUCAGCAAUUUCACACUGAAAUGACGGAACUUGCCCAAGGAGAAUUGGGAUUUAGUGAUACCCACACUAUAACUUUGGAGAUGUCGUCCCUUUCCGACGAUUCACAACCACAGCCGUUAACUGAUUUAAACCCAAGUGCAGGUAAUUUUGCUGCUGUCCGCAACCGCUUUGAGCAACUGAGUGGCAGCAACCCGCUCAAUGGAGGCGAAAUGACUGGUUCUUUAGGCCGGAAUUCCGGCCGACUGAGCCAAACCCAAGGAACCGUAAUCAAACGAUUAAGUGGAAAUUUUGAAGAUCUUCCGCCAUCCUCUGUCAACGUGGUUCAGAAAUCGUUCAUGCAACAUAUAGCACCGGAAUUAAGCGAAGGUGCCCUCUCCCGUACAGUCAUCAUCUCCAGCCUGACACUAGAUCGAGCAGAACAAAACAGCGUUAGCUCUACAACUGGCAUUGGUCCCGAGUCACCCGUUCCAAAUUUAGAGCCCCCAUGUUAAAAGUCAAUUCAAUGGGAAAGGCGCCAACAGCUUAAUCCGAGUGAGAGCAUUAAACAAUUCACAAUCCAUAACUAGACUACUAAGAUUUUAUGUUGCGUGUUUUUUUUUCACUUAUUAUUUAGUAUCUUGCUUGUAAUAAUUUUAAAUCGAAAAUUAAAUUUCGUAAAGGAAAAAUGGGAAAACUCAAUCAAGAUCAAAAUUCAACGGCGCCCAGUGAGUUAUGUGUAAAGCAUAAUUUAAAAAAAGGAAAUAUCUUAAAAUCAUUAUAGUUUGGUUUUUUGCAUGAAACAAAAAGUGCCUAUUUCGUCAUGAGAAAUAUUGCUCCCAUUUUCAUUUGUAUAACAAUGUGUUAUUGCGAAUGCUUCUAUUAUUUCUUUCUGACAUCUGACUAAUCGAUCCUCCUAUUUGAUUCAAUCAGACAGUAUCAUUAAAACACCUAAUUAUCUUAUCGCUAAAAUCUAUAUGGUAUACCGUACGAAAUAGCAUCACGCUCUUUGAACUUUAUUCCUUUUAUUUUUUCAUGGUUUCAUUAGUAUAACCAAAUAGUGUGUAAGUUGCUCAAAAAACCAAAAAAAAAAAUCGCAAAAUUAAGCUUUCCAAAGUUGAAAAGUAAGGAAUUAAUUUGGAACAUCAGUUAUCUGGAUUCAUGGCACAAGUUUUACGAAAUGAAAUCCAAAAAAAAGCAAAUAUUGAAUCCUGUCUGUCAUCGACAUUUAACCGACUAGUUUAAGAUGGAAAUUUUGUACAUAAGGAAGAAUUAGCGGCAUUUGUCUGGAGACUUUUACAUUCUAGUUUUCUGUCGAUAAAGUCUGUGUAUAAAUGCGUCCAGAUUUUCAUUUAUGGAUACAUAUUUAACUUUAAAACAUAUUUUAUGCACCCCAGAACUUACUUUGCUACCCAUUUUUUAAGUGCAUGUGCUGUAUCUAAUCUGACAAGAGCGGUCUUUAUCCGUGUUCCGCCCUGUCGAUAUUUGGUAUCGCAAUGUACCCUUUUCUGUAGACCACUAAGUAUACACCCCAUUAUAACUCCAUAUUUUGUGACAUUUGUUAUCCGACAUUAUCAAUACACUCUUGUUUUGAAUAUA